AUGGGGGCGUCCUAUUCACGUCUAGAGAGAUACCAGACAAAUUUCGAGGACAUGUCAGAUUCGAUCAUGGAAAAUAUAGUGGGACGCCUAGACGAGCAAUCCAUAAUGCAGUUCCGUGCAACAUGCCUAGCUCAUCGAGACUUGAUUGAUUCAAGAAAACCAUCUCGACUGGCUGAACUGAGCAUCAUAUCUCGCCACAAGCAAUUCAUGUUACCUUCUUCGUUUCUGGUGCAACGGAAAAAAGUAGGAUAUGAGAAUAACCAAUUUCUACACAACCGAACCGGAACCCGAAACUAUUCCCAAACAGAGGCCAAAGCUGACAUAGCUUCGAGAAUGCUGGUUGACACAUUCAAACACCCUGAUGCGGUGGUUUUCAAAUUGUUGAUCCUUGGAUGUGAGGAAUAUCCAUUGGGAAUAAAAGAGCUGGGAAACAAGAUAGUGGAGGUGAUCGAUCAACGAAAGCGAGAAGGCGUUUCUGCACCUUGGAAAGUACAAUAUUUCAAAUGGGAUGGUCCAAUAGAAAACGAAAGUUUUCUUGAAAUUUUGGGACAAGUAGAUGCCUCUUUUUUGGAUACUUUACAUCUUUAUGGAAACCACAUCAGCACGCAAGUCGUUGAGAAGUUGGUUGAGAUGGAGCAAUGGCGUCACAUGAGCUCUAUUCGAAUUAAGAGUGCAGUUGACCUGGAUCUCCGUCCCUUCUAUCAAUGCCACAGUUUGGAUAUCAAAGUUGUUGAAUUGAAUCCAGAAGCUAUGACUGAUUAUUUGAAGGUAUACCUAAACUUCAUCAGCCGACACGCAAAAUCGGAUGCGCACUUCAUGAUUCUAACGCAACAAGAAAUGUCGAGAGAAUUCAAUGUGAAAGUGAUGGAACAUUUCCGUAUUGACCCAUCGGAGGAGCAUCUGAACACCAUCAGCAUAACUAAACCACCAUACACAUACCGAAUCUUCUCCAUACCCCUGCGCCCUCAAGAGGUUCUGCUUGUCCAUUUUGGCCCGAACACAGUAGUUGGGAAAGGAUAUUCAAGGAACCAAAUCGAUUUGGGAACGUUCAAUUUGAACCUAUCAUUACCUGCCUUCGGAGACUUUUCCCGUCUGGAGAAUCAGAAAAUAUUAUUGAACUGCACUUCUCCUUUCUUUUCUAACAAUUCUUAG